CUCGACUCUCCCCUCCGCUCCUCCGGCGCAUUGCAAUAAUCGUCGACGUCCCUGAAUGUCUCGUCUCCCACGGGCAGCUGCUGUUCAUUUUGUUCCUCCCGCCGUCGACCGCCACCACUACUACUGCUCGAUAGUAUUGCCGACAGCGGAUCUUAUCUAUGGCAUCAGGUGAUUUCGCUGCUUCCCCGAUAGCCAUUGCUUCGCCGGCGCCUGUAUCUUCCAUUGGCAGUCCAUGUCCAACCCUUGCGCCAAGGGCUUCCCCGGCUCUGCAGGGCGCGUCUGAAAACCCGGGAAUCGUCACACACAAGGAAUGGGUUGUGCCGCCGCGGCCAAAGCCGGGAAGGAAACCGGCUACUGAUACGCCGCCAACAAAGCGGAAAGCCCAAAACCGCGCCGCUCAGCGAGCAUUCCGCGAGCGUCGAGCUGCCCGAGUCAACGAGCUCGAAGACAGGUUGAAAGAAGUGACCACGGAGACCACCACCAAAGAUGCCGAAUACCACGAACAAAUCCGGCGGCUAAUGGAGACCAACGCCGAACUCGCCAAGGAGAAUGCAGCUUACAAGCUGAAGCUCGAUAAAUUACAAAAGGAGCUUGAAGACGAGCGGCAGAAGCCGCAGCAGCAGGUGGAGCUCACACAGGUUGCCUCCCCGGCGUCGACUGUGGAUGUGCCCUGCGCGGGCGAUUGUUCGUGUCAAGACGUUGUAGACAAGGUCCUCUGCGAGCGCGGCAACCCCGCCAUCGCUGCACCAGUGCCCGCACCCGUCGUAGUCGCCCUCCCCAAGCGCACCCGCCCUCCCACCGACCUCACCGACCUAAUUGGCUGCGGCUCGUGCAGCAAAGACGGAGACUGCAGCUGCUACAACGCCUCCGUCGCCGUCGCCGUCGCCGCCGUAUCCGUCCCCAAACGCUCCAUCUCUCCACUAGCCAAUCCGCCAAAGCGCUCACGAACAAUCGACUACCUCGACGAUCUCGAAACCGACUUUACCACCACGUACACAGCCCGUCCGCGGCCGGGAAUACUGCACAUGCCCGACCCGUGCGGCUUCUGCUCCGACGGCACACCCUGCGUGUGCGCCGAGAUGGCAAACGCCAUGGACAUGGAGGACACCGACACCGACGGCGAGGGCGGUGACAUCAAGCUGGCGCCACUCCUUGGUGGGCGCGGCCUCCUAUCCCCGCCCGGUUCCAGCAUAGGCGAGCACGUCCCGCUCCGCCGCAUGGCCGGCCUCGACAAGCCGCUGCCACUGUACUCGCCGUCCACGCGGCCGACGCCCCAGUCCGCCGUGGCCACCCCCUCCUCCCUACCCGCCCCCCCAUCCUCCGGCUGCAAGCCCGGCGGCUGCGACCAGUGCAAGGCCGACCCCAUGUCCACGCUGUUCUGCCAAAGCGUCUCCACGCGCAUGAGCGGUGGCGGCGGUGGUAGCGGCGGCUGUUGCGGCGGCGCUGGCCCAGGCGGCGGCUGCUGCAAAGACAUCGAAACACCCACUAUGAAAACGGGAACAUACAUCCCCUGCUCAGCCGCCUACCAAGCGCUGAGCCGGCACCGAGCAUUCGACGAGGCGGCGGCAGACCUGGGCGCACUCGUGCGCCCGCUGGUGAUACAGAGUCGCGAUGGCCGGUGUCCGCAGGUCGAGAUCAGUUCGGUCAGGGACGUGCUGAAGAUGCUGGACCGGAGGUUUGGGAGGGAUUAG